AUAGUGUAGUGGCUCUUUAGAAAGGUGUAUCAGAUGAAAUAAUGUAGUUUUUGGCAUUUACCAUCAACAUUUUCUUAAGGGUUAGACACUAUCGUUAUAAAUCCCAGAUUCAUUUCCAAAUGCGUACCAUUAUUAUGGUACCUUGCAGUCAAUAACUAGCAUUAUUCAUGUGUCGCUUAACCAACGCGCUUAACCAACCUAACCUGUGAUGGCAAAUCAUGUUAAGACCCUUUUAACUGUGAUAAGGAAACUUAAAAUCUGAAACUGAUCACAGAACCAUAAGAAACUAUGAAGAAAAAUACUACUGAUGAACCAAAAAGUAUAGAAGAAACUUUGCCACUUGCUGGUAUCGAUAAAACCACAUUACACAAUGAGGCGGUCGACCUGGAAACAGCACUCACUCUCACAGGUUAUGGGAAGUUCCACCUUUUGCUUAUGUUGGCCUCGUUACCGGGGGUGAUGACUAAUGUGUUCGACACAAGUGCUAUGUCGUACGUUCUUCCAUCUGCAGUGUGUGAUCUGCAUCUGAGCAGUCUGGACAAGGGACUUCUCAACUCUAUUACGUAUGCAGGUAUGAUCAGCAGCGCUUUCAUGUGGGGCUUUCUUUCCGACUCGUUGGGACGCCAGAGACUGUUAUGCCUUGGUUUCUUCUUGGACGUAACUUGUGGUGUUAUCUCCAGUUUUUCACAAAAUUUCCAAGUGCUCGUAGUGUUUAGAUUCUUCUCAGGUUUCAUCAUCAGUGGGCCUCACGCUAUGCUAAUAUCAUUCCUCGCUGAGUUUCACAGCCACAAAUAUCGAGCAAGAAUGAUAAUACUGACUGGAGUGUACGGUGCGCUGGCCAAUAUCUCGAUACCAGGUCUUGCAUGGCUGAUCAUACCUCAGUCGUGGUCAUGGUCGUUGUUUGGUGGCCAUAUCACGUACAACUCGUGGAGAGUGUUUGUGGCGGUGUGCACCAUACCCAGCUUCCUGGCUGGUUGCCUGAUGACGUGCUUUGACGAGAGCCCCAAGUUCCUGAUGUCGCGCGGACAGACUGAUGAAGCACUCAGGGUGCUGAGGAAAGUGUACAGCAUCAACACCGGCAAACAUCCUGAUACUUAUCCUGUGAAAGCCUUGUUGUCUGGGCGCAUUGAAACUCAGUCUUCGAAAGUAACACUCGAAGAACAGGACUCUUUUGAAAAAAUUCUGACCCUUGUCACGUCUGGUUGGAAACAAGUGAAGCCGCUGUUCAGACUUCCUCAUAUCACAAGUGCAAUUCUGGUCUUCUCCAUUCAGUUUGGGGCUCUGUUAAGCAUGAACACAAUUCGUCUGUGGAUGCCGCAGCUGUUCUUCAUAAUGGAGGACUUUGCCAAGCUGCAGGAAGAUGCUGCUGACAGCUCGUUGGACGGCUACUCACUCUGCGAGAUGCUGGCCUUCUCCAAGCAACUGGAGAGAAGCAAACUGAACCAGAGUGCAGUUGCAUUUGAAGAUUUGGAGACCUGCACCGUGAAUGUUGUUAAAAGCACCAUGUACCUGAACUCUGUGAUAGUUGGAGGUGUGACUGGCGUAUUCUACUUAUUUGCUGGCAGUAUUAUAAAUGCAAUGGGAAGGAAGAGGAUGCUUAUUCUUGGUUUCCUGGUUGCUACUGUGUGUGUGGCGUCCAUAUACUGGUCACGCAACUCCACUGUCACCAUUGCGAUCAUAGCUGUCUACCUGGCUGCGUCCUCUGUGACGGGAAAGGCUGUGGUCAGUGUAGUUGUGGAUCUGUUUCCUACCAGCCUCAGGGCAAUGGCUGUGAGUUUGACCAUGAUGUUCGGAAGAUCAGGGGCACUGCUUGGAAAUCUUCUGUUUCCGAUCCUGCUUGAUCUAAGUUGCAGUGUUCCUUUCUUUGUAGUCAGUGGCGUUACUUUUGCUGGGGCCUGUUUGAGUGCAUUGUUACCAAUACAUUUAGGAAAGAAUGCAGAUUGAAAUAUGAAAUAAUAAGUGAUAGUCUGACAAUACUCCAACAUAAUUUUUAAAUAAUUAAUUAAUUAUGCAUAUUUUUGAAAGAAAAAAAAUUUAAUUUUUUUUUAGAUUGCUGUGUAAUUUAAAAAUAGCAUAAUGUUUAUAUACCAAAUGCUACUUCCAGGUGAUAUGUAUUAGUUUAUAGAUUGUGAUAAAAUAAUUUUACCAAAAAUUAUAAGUAGAUGCACAACUUAAAACACAGUCUGUGAUACAACUAUGCAGGUUUGUGCUGCAGUACUUACACAAAACAGGGUUGUUUUUAACUCUAUAGAAAAUGAAUGCCAUGAAAUGGAAUACUUAUUAUGUUAUAACUAUAUAAUGAUUCCCUAAAACUUGCCAAUGGAAAAUUGAGUUGUCAUUGUACUUGAAAAACAGCCUCUAGUGUGCAUAAAUAAUGAAUGAUAGGUUUUUGGGCUUGUGGGGUUUUGCCGCAUCUGAAGUGGAGAGUUCAUCAGUGGUUUGGUCAACAUUGCAGUUACCAUCAUUAGGUUAACAGUUUCCUACAUUGGUGAAUGAGUUAUUGUUGACACUGCAAAAACCCACAAGCCAAGAGAUUUCAGGCAGUGGCUACGAAAUUAUUACUAAAGAUAGGUUUCAAAAUUGGACAGUAAAUAUGUGUUGCCUGUUUUUAAAAUAAAGUCGUUUUUAUUCCAUAAAUGGUGCUGUAGGAAGUAUAUUAUAUUUGUAUUUCAACUGUUGUACUUCAUUUUUUGAUAUGUUUUUUAAAGCAUAAGACAAUAUGAAAACUUUUACUCAAACCAUAGUUCCUUAAUUCAGACAUGUUUCUUUUGUCCCAAAUCUCCAUUGACCCUUUUGUUAUUUCAAAAAUAUAUUCUCACCUCCCAGCUUUUUUUUUAAUGUACUUAGAUUAUUAUAAAGAAAUAAAAUGAAAUUUUUUGCCUUGUUCUGUACUUGCCAGUGAUGUGUAAACACCUAACCUCAGUUCUCAUGGUGCAAAUAAACUUUUUAAUUCAAAACUAGGACCCCAAAUUUAAUGCAGAAUUCUGAGCAUGAUAAAUACAUGAAAAAUAUUUAUUUUAGAGGAAAAUUGUAAAAAUAAUUAUUUUUAACAAGAUGGUACUAUAGUUUUUGAGGUUAUACUUCUUUAGACGUGUUCAGGGUGAAAUUUCAGUAUGCACCAGAAAUACAAUGAAAUAAGUACGCAUUGCACAAUGGAAACCUGACAGGUUGAAAGUCUUAAUGCACAUGCAUGCAGAAACUGCUGUAGCCAAGAUCGUGGACUCACAUGGGAUGUAUUUAAGCAUAUUGGUGUGUCAAAGUAAACUUUAUGAUAGAGAAAAUUUAUUAGCCAGAAAAAUUUGUGUUGGGAUGGACAUGGGAUCAAAGAUAUUAAACAUUUUCUUGCUUCUCUAAAGCAUUAUGAAUGUGGCCCUAUCAUUGAAGUAUUUUUCAAACCAAAAGUUGCAGUCAAGUUGAUCUUGGCUAGUACUUUAAUUUGUGACAAGUAAUGAUAUUAAAAUACUGCCCAUCUGGUUAAAAAUUUAUCAAACAGUUAAUAUUAUUUUUAAUACUAAAAUAUUAGCCUGAAAACACUAAGUAUGUGUUAGUGUAUUUGUUUUUGCUUAAACAACCGAAAUCACUCUGUAAAAACUGCCUACAAACCAACCUUUAACUUAUUGAGACGAUUCAACAUUAUUAUUACAUAAUAUAUUAUAUCAAAAUUAUAAAAUAAAAAAUUACAAUUGACGAGAUUUGAACCUUGUACCUUAUGCCAUGCCUUACCGCCAUGCUACCAAGACCAUUGGGAAACAGUAAUGAGAAUUUGUAUUUUUAUCAUUGUAAAGUAAGGUUUAGGUAAUUUAAAACUUGGGAUUACAUUUUUCCAUGACUGUUUUAGUUGGCCAAAUAUAUUCUCGGGUAGUUUCACUAUCAAAGUUUCAUUUGGCACACCAAUAUGUUUGGUAUGCACCCUAGUAUUUACCAAAGUGACGUUAUACUGGUGUCCGCCAUCUUUUCAAGGUUUCUGCCCAGACAGCACUGUUGGCUUGCAUUUCUGUUCCAUUUUCACAAAAUUAUUCCUACCAAAUGUGAUAUAACCCAGAGAUAAAAUAUUUACACAUCAAAAAUAAUAAAAAUCUAAAAUGUCAGAGACUUGUGAUAAAACAACAUGGUGAGAGUAGGAUUUUUAUAUUUAGUUGGAAAAAAAAAUUACAAACAUUUCUGUUAGUUACACGGUACUCUCCUAAAGUACAACAUUUUGUAAAUCCAUUACUCGCAAAUCAAUAAUUAUAUUAAAUAUAGUCAUUAUCACUAAUAUAUGCUGCUUCCAGUGUAGAUAUUUUCCAGACUGUAAAUAAAGUUAAUUCUCCUGUGAAAUUUGUGUUAAAAAUUUAGAAGUAUUAAAAAUGUUGUCAUUAACUUUAUGCUAAAAUACAAGCUACAUGUUGGUCUUAAUUCUGUAGUGAUACCUAGGUUACAAACUCAUAGUUUUUAAUUUUUUUGAAAUUGUGUUUAUUUAUCAAGCUCCAUGUCACAAAUGCCAAAAAAAAAGUGUUCCUGUUAUAACCUUGUGAGAUCGUAUUAAAUGUAAAAUAAAAGAUCAGGAAUUACAUAGGCCUACCUAGUAUAUUUUCUAUAUAAUUAAAAAUUGAAUUAAGGAUUAAUGCAUACGAAUUGUGCAAUGAAACCUCAAUAAUAUAGAAAGAGCUAAUCUUGUAGCAUCAUCAUUCUGUGACCUUGUCAAAUGAUGCAGGACUUCAUACAAAAUACUUGUUACUGGUUCGUCUUCUCCCCCUCCUGUCUUUCCUCAGUUAUUUGCUUUUGCAUUAUAAGUUUUGGUUCUAAGUAAAUAUGCAUGUAAAUUAGUACUGAAUAAUAUUUAAAUUAAUUAUACACUUGCUUGUGGGUAACAGAUCCCUAUAACACAAUGUGCCAAAAUUAAAGCCUCUUCAGGUAUGUAUUAAGGUUUCAUUGUAUUUAAAUUUUUGUAUGCAGCUUGAGAGUAAUUGUAUUGCUAGUCUGGAAUUUUGCUAUUCAGGAUUAGAGGUGUAUUGUGUUAAAGAGUUGUAGACGUUUGUUAUAACUUGUAUUGUUAAUUUUUAUGUUUAUUUUGUAUUUAAAAUGUUAUACAUUGACAACACUAGUCAAAAUAAAUUUUAAUUUCUGAA